GGCUGCGGAGUCGGGGGGGUCAGGCGGUGAGCUUUUCCUAGGAACAGUAUUUUUGGUUCUGGAAGGACUCGCCUACUUCAGUUUCUCCUAUAAAGCUUUUCGUCAACAAUCCUGUCUGCAGGAUACUCCGUUCUCCUCGAAAACUUUGACUUAAGCACACCGGCUUACUGGAACCCUUUUUUUUUUAAAUUUGUUUUAUUUGCAUAUUUCUUUUACGCGGUCGCACGUGAACCGGCAGGUGUUCAUCGAUAUCAGGUCAGACGCAGGAUCGGGCUGCAGCUCUGAAAUCCUUGUGCGGUGGGCUCGCCUGACGUCCGAUCCACAGAGACGCCCCGAGGAUGGGUUUCGGGAACAAGAGCGAGGCUCAGGCGGAGCAGAGGAAGGAGACGGACUUCUGCUCCGGGUCCUGUCACGCCGAGCAGAUCCUGCAGAUCCUCAACGCGUACCGGCACAGCGGCACCUUCACCGACGUGGUGCUGCAGGUCGGGGGGCACGAGUUCCCCUGCCACAGGGCCACGCUGUCGGCCAGCAGCCUCUAUUUCCGCACCAUGUUCCACAGCCAGCUGCGGGAGAGCUGCCAGUCCCUGGUGGUGCUGCACGACAUCUCCCCGGCCACCAUGGAGACGCUGCUGAACUUCAUGUACGAGGGCAAGGUGGAUGUCCACGAGGACAACGUGGAGGACAUCUUCAAGGCGGCCGACCUGCUGGGGAUCUCCGUGCUCAGUAAGGCCUGCGUCAAGUUCCUCGAGACGCAGGUGGACCACUCCAACUGCCUGGGCAUCAUGAACUUCGCCAGCUCCUUCUUCAUCCGCCCCCUGGCCGAGAAGUGCCAGAAGCUGGUCUUCCAGGACUUCGUGGAGGUCUACAAGCACGAGGAGUUCCUCCGGCUCCCCAAGGAGCAGAUCGUGGAGCUCCUGUCCAGCGAGCAGCUGCUGGUGGAGAGGGAGGAGGUCCUGGUGGAGGCCGUGCUGAAGUGGGUUCACCACGACCCCAGCGGGAGGAAGGGAGCGGCGAGGGAGCUGCUGGAGCUCGUCCGGCUGCCCCUGGUGGAUCCCGUCUUCUUCGUCAACACCGUGGAGACGGAUGACCUCCUCCAGGACUGCAAGGAGUGCCGGCCCUUGCUCCAGGAGGCCAGGAGAUACCACGUGUUUGGAAACGAGGUCAACUCUGCACGUACCCAGCCCAGGAGGUCGUCGGGGAGAACCGAGGUGAUUGUGGUGAUCGGAGGCUGUGACAAAAACGGAUACUCCAGGCUAUCGUUUACCGAGAAGCUCAACCCUCACACGAAAGAGUGGAUUCUGGCUGCUUCCAUUCCAGGAUACUCAAAGUCCGAAUUUGCUGCCUGCUCCCUUCAGAAUGACAUCUAUGUAUCAGGUGGGCAGUUGAACAGCUGUGAUGUGUGGAGGUACAUCUCUCAGCUGGACACCUGGGUGCGUGUUGCCUCUCUGAACAAGGGCAGGUGGCGACACAAGAUGACUGCACUAGAUGGGAGGAUCUAUGCGGUUGGUGGGUUUAAUGGAUCGGAAAGACUGCCCACAGUGGAGUGCUACAGGUCCUUCGAUAACCAGUGGAAGCCCAUGGCUCCUCUGCUGAGACCAGUGAGCUCUGCUGCCCUCGCGGCCUGUGCCGGGAAGCUGUAUGUCAUCGGAGGUGCCGUGAGCGACGACGCCAACACAAACCAGGUGCAGUGCUAUGAUCCUGUGGAAAACCAGUGGAGUUAUGUGGCCCCUAGUCCCUUCACUCAGAGAUGCAUUUGUGCCACAACGCUGGAGAACAUCAUUUAUGUUGUUGGAGGUCUCAUGGAUAAGAUCUACAGCUACAGCCCAAUGAGUAACACCUGGAGUGAGGUUGUAGACUUGCCUGGCCCAGUGGAGAGCUGCGGUCUGACGGUCUGCGACUCCAAGAUUUACAUCCUGGGCGGGCGGAACGAAUACGGGUUCGGCACCGACCGGGUCUGGUCCUACAGUCCGAAGACGGGGGACCUGACGGAGGAGCCGCCCAUGUCCCGCUGUGUAAGUUACCACGGCUGUGUCACCGUCACUCAGCACGUCGCCAGGAAGCCUUGACUGCGCUCCCCGCCGGGCAGAAAGACCCUUGUUCUGCUGCUGCUGCUGCGUUCAGUCUGGCCGCGGCGGGGCUGAGCCUGUCCCCCGCACAUGCCCUCUGCACCCGGCGGCCAGCUCGCCGCGCACCUGAACUCUCUGACCUGCAAGGCCGACUCUGUUCGCCUCUUCGGACGGGGAAAGAAAGAAGUCCUCCAACCAGGAACUUGGAAGGGCCUCACUCAGUCAAAAGUUUCUUUCCUGUCUCGGGUAUCUCCAAGAAUCAUCACAUUUCUAUAACACGCGACGUAUCUUCAGAAGAAACCCUUUGAAGCGGAUAUAUCUUUCCAGAGAAUCUUUAAAAAUCUUGAUCUGCCCAUCUCUGAGCUGACUGAAAUUUUUUUUUUAUUUACUGUAUCUUUUUGGCAUUGCUCCAGGUCCGUGGAUAACUGUCUUGUUGCUUUUUAAUCUUUAUUUUCAAAUCUGUUUUUUUUUACCCACAAAACUCUGUAGGAGGAGUAGCAUGGGGCUGUUGCUAUACAGUAUCUAAUACCCUAAAUGUACAACGAAGAAGAGGUAACGUAAGCUACGUAGUACAACAUAUCCCACUCGGGUCUUAGUUUGAGGGCUGCAAGCGUCCUUGGCAAAACUUUUGGAAGGGAAACCCGAAACAGUUUCUCCAAGUGGUUUGCUCAUGCAAAAAUGUAUUUUCUGUCGAUUUCGUUUGUUACAUCAGCCUUAGGAAUUGCCCAAAGUUGUCCGCAUUCCGUUUCUGACUCCUGUGUAGUCUUGUUGGGACAUGAGCUUGAAAUACAUUUUGCUUCAUUAUUAAUUUCCCGUUAAUAACUUCCCCAAGACAUUCCUGUCUUCGGUUGGAAUGCACAUUUUGAUUAAGGAAUGAAAGGAUUUCAAUCCCCCCGGCUAAAUGUAGUCAUUUGCUUUCACACAACCCCGACUAAGGAUAUAAUCCACUGAAUUCUGUUUCCUAAGAAUUGCCAUCUGACGAUCCCAAAAAAAACACAUUUAUCUAAUCCUAUGCAGUUUAUGGUUCCUCAAAAUUUCCCUUAACAGCAACAUGCAAAUCGAGGAAGAAUUAAAGGAUUGAAAAGGAAAAAAGGUGCGAGGGCUUCAUGGGAAUUUGCUUGGGCCCAUUCUUCUCAAAGCAAACAAGGGUCUACCGGUUCCCUAGCCGGACUUGCCGCUGACUCUGCGGUCCAGACCUCGUCUCCUCAGCAAUGAUUGGUUACCGGUUUCAUUCUAGAAAGAACUACACGAUCCGCAUUUAGUUAUGGAAAAAACGCAGCCGUAGAAGUUGCUUGUAGACCUUAAAAGACCUUCUAGAGUAGCGCUACCUUCCAGUUCCAACUCUUUUUAGGGUGAAAAUAUUCUCUACAGUGAAACUCGGAGCUACUGCAUUCAAUUCCACUAUCGGCACAAUUCCAGUUAGGAAAAUGUAUAUUCGCUUAUAAUCAUAGUGCUUACUCUAGUGUUGCCGGGAAAGGGCGUUAACUGUGUGUUGUUUUGUAGGUUUGUCAAAUAACCAAGUGAUUUUAUUCUUUUUUUUUUCCAUUUCAAAAACACUUUGCUUUGACAGUGAAGCUCCUGCCUGAGUUGCAGGCUAAAGAGUUUGACAUUUGUGAUUGAAAUGCAGUUUGCAGAAUUAAGCAUCUUCAUAAACUGUGAAUACUCUCGAUCGAGCUAGUGUAUCCUUAUAGGUAAUUUGCUAUUAUCUUAUCACAUAAAGUGGAAAUCCCCGUUAUGUGAAAAACACUACUGUGAAUUUUUUUAAUGUUCUUAUGAAGUGAAUCUUUUUAUAUAAAGUUUAGUAUUUAAAGUGUGUGAACUGUGUACUUUUCACCUUUUAUCAUAUUUAUUUGUAUAAGAUUUUUAUCAAUGUAACUUUAUACAGUGACAAACAGAACGGUCGAAUUUGAUCGUAGACGCGUAAUCCUUGCGUUACUGAUGAUGGAUACACGCACUUGCACGUUGUCAUACAGGAGGAUCAAAAUGCACCCGAAUACGUGCAAUUGUGGAUAAGGUAUCAACUCUUUUAAUGCCUUGUACCAUUCUGUCAAAACUGCUGUAACAAAUAAAUAUCCAAUUUUAAAUCCGA